AGUGUAGCCAAUGGACGUUCGGGAUCCGCCGUCGCUGUGGGCCCAGCGAUCACGUAGUGGAAGCCGUGGGGUUGAAAGCCGUGGGAGUCUCGGAUUCUAAGGGCAAGCGUCCUCAGAGCAGCAGCAUUGGAACCGAGUAGUUGCUUUCUGCGCUUAGCAUCCGAAGCGAAUAAGCCAACCGGAAAGUUGGCGAGAGCUGUGGGGUUCCGAGUCGCUCUGGAAGCGGCUGCAUUUUAAAAGUAGGGCUAUCGCUGUGGAGAAGGAAGGAGGCGUAGCAACCAUUUUAAGGGAGAAACGGCUUUAGAUUUAAUUCCAAAAGGAGCUGUUAAUCGAUCCUGCGGCCUACCGUUGUGCUGGCUUUACAGCUGCUGCACUAUUUCAAGCCGCCAAUGGCAUAACUAGCGGUACAUCAUCUUCAAUUUGGACAUUCUGCACAGCCGCGACAAAUGGUGAAGCCAAAGAAGACAUCUUUAUUAAUGGCAGCCCCAGGCCGCCAAAAUCUUGACAUUUCCUCUGCCUAUUGGUAGCUCCAGUGAGCAUGCGCUUCUGGGCUGGCCAGUCGCCUUGUGACUCCCAUCAGCAGCGUUUAGUGAACCUCUACCCCUUUCUAGGUUGAGGGCGGAAGCGAGGGCUGCGUAGUUCCGGCAGCUUUCGCAGAUUCUCCGAAACCCACGUGGGAGCGGCGCCCAGGAUGUUGCGCCGUGAGGCGCGCCUUCGCCGAGAGUACCUCUACCGCAAGGCCCGCGAGGAGGCGCAGCGCGCCGCCUACGAGAGGAAGGAGAAGGUGCGGCGCGCACUCGAAGAGAACCGCCUGAUCCCCACGGAGUUACGUAGGGAGGCUUUGGCCUUACAUGGUUCCCUGGAGUUUGACGACGCUGGUGGUGAAGGUGUGACCAAUCAUGUGGAUGAUGAAUAUCGAUGGGCAGGGGUUGAGGAUCCCAAGGUCAUGAUCACGACUUCCCGAGACCCCAGUUCACGCCUCAAGAUGUUUGCAAAGGAGCUGAAGUUGGUGUUUCCUGGUGCCCAGCGCAUGAACCGUGGCCGACAUGAGGUGGGGGCACUGGUGCGAGCCUGCAAAGCUAAUGGCGUCACCGACCUGAUAGUUAUCCAUGAGCAUCGUGGCACACCUGUGGGGUUCAUUGUCAGUCACCUGCCCUUUGGCCCCACUGCUUACUUCACACUAUGCAAUGUGCUUAUGCGGCAUGACAUCCCUGACCUGGGCACCGUGUCAGAGGCCAAACCUCACCUCAUCAUUCAUGGCUUCUCCUCCCGUCUGGGCAAGCGGGUGUCUGACAUACUUCGUUACCUGUUCCCUGUGCCCAAAGAAGACAGCCAUCGGGUCAUCACCUUUGCAAACCAGAAUGACUACAUCUCUUUCCGACACCAUGUGUACAGGAAGACCAACCACCGCAAUGUGGAGCUGACCGAAGUUGGCCCUCGCUUUGAGCUCAAGUUAUACAUGAUUCGCCUUGGCACGCUGGAACAGGAGGCCACAGCAGAUGUGGAGUGGCGUUGGCAUCCUUACACCAACACUGCACACAAGAGGGUCUUUCUAAGUGCUGAGUGAGCCCAUUCUGUUGUCAGGAUAUGGGCUUGGACCCAGGAGGUAGGGGUGGUCAGAAUAAAGUCUGUGUGCCACACCA